AUGGAAACCAAUAAAAUCAAAAGAUUUAUAGGAGAAUUCAAUUAUAAAAAGAAUAUUUAUUUGAAGAUGUAAUUAAGAAUUUAUAUGAAAAAGUCUAGAAUCAAGAAUUUUUGACCGAAUGAAACCAAUACCAAAUGAAUUUUAUGAUUGUAACACAUAAUUAGAAUUCACAGAAUAAUAAAGAUAUUAUUUUUAUACGAUAAAAUGA